UCAUUUAGACGUCUGGCUGGAAUCAGACCGUCCUCUCAGGGUGAGCCUUUCUGUUCAUUCAUUUCUGCCCUUCUCACUGCCAACGCCUGCCAGGGAAUUAGCACAGAUACCAUGCCGGAUUUUGCAGGAAUCUGGAAAAUGAAAAGCAGCGAGAAUUUUGAUGAACUUCUGAAAGCCCUUGGUGUGAAUGCUAUGCUCAGGAAAGUAGCAGUGGCUGCAGCUUCUAAACCUCACGUUGAGAUCCGUCAGAAUGGAGACCAGUUUUAUAUUAAAACAUCUACCACAGUUAGAACUACAGAGAUCCAGUUCACAGUUGGAGAAGAGUUUGAUGAGGAGACUGUGGAUGGCAGAAAAUGCAAGAGUUUUCCUAUCUGGGAGAAGGAAAAAAAGAUCUACUGUAAACAGACUCUAGUGGAUGGGACAGGGCCCAAGACGUUUUGGACUCGGGAACUUGCAGGGGAUGAACUGAUUCUGGUAAGAAAAUUUACAUUGAUUUGUGAGGCCUGUUUCACACUGAUGUGGUGUGGGAUUCACAGCAAAUUCACUGUAUCAAAAUCGCACUUUGUUCAUGCAGACCGCUGCGGGUGUCAAUGUCAAUGA